AUGCGGCGUGAAGGCAAGGAAGGUAUCAAGAAAAGUCCCAAUCUCUUUGAGAAAGAAGGUCCCGAGACUAAGUAUAAAGAUUUCUACAUCCCAGAGAGUUCGAUUUAUGACAGUAGACCUAGUACAACCCAAAAAAGAGGUCCAAUUGUGCCCAGUCGUUCCGUGACUGUCUUUGGGUACUCAGCCGGCAACUUAGACCAUGUUAUGCGACGGUUUAAAGAGUGUGGCGAAAUUAAAGAGAUAAACUAUGGUAAGAACUGGAUGGACAUUCAGUACGAGCGCGAGAAGUGUAUGUUUACGGCUCUACGUGAAAAUGGAUGCAUUCUUAAUGGCGAGAUGAUUGGAGUGGUGCAGAAGAACCGCAAGGACAUGGGGGCGAUUUGGCUGACCGAGCAAGAAGUCCUAUUUAAACGGGAAGAAGGAGUGCUUACUCGCAUACUAGCCUACCUCUUUGGAUAA